AUCAUUCUGGGAAAAAGGUUGGGAAAUGGAAUAUUAUUUUGGAAGAAAAUAGAUUGAUGUAAUUUUUCAUAAAUAGCUUUUAAGAGGAGGAGGGUAAUAUGAUGAUUAAGGAAACCAAAAUGAUAAUUGGAUUUGCAUUGAUGAUGAUUGGAUGAAGUCGAUAUUUUGCUAUAUAUUUAAAUUAGAUAUGAAAGAGAAAUCACAUGUAAUGGUAACUUCAAAAAUGGAAUUAAAAUUGGGAAAUGGAACAUAAUUUUGGAAGAAACUUUAAUAAUGUAGUAUAUUCACAUUAAUAAAGCAGUGGAGGAUCAUUUGAUGAAAGCGGAUUCAAGCAUGGAGAUUGGGUUUGUGUUCACAAUGAUUGGAAUAAGUGAAUUAAUUAAAUUAAUAAAAUAGGUUGUCUAGGGAGGUCAAUUUAAAGGGGUAGUUUGUAAAAGGUUAAAAAAUUGCCAUAUGGAAUAUUAUUGAAGGGAAUACAGUUUUGUAUAAUUUACAAUAUAUCUUAAUUUAGAGGAGGAGGAGAAUUUGAUGAAAAUGGAAGGAAAAAUGGUAAAUGGGUUGAACUAUGCGAUGAUUGGAGAAAGUAUUAUUAAAAUUGAGGCUUUAACAUUUGAAUUGGUAAAAUAGGAACGUAAAAUUUACUGGCUAGUAUAAAAAUGGAAUAAAAAUUGGAAAGUGUAACAUUUUUGUUAAUGAAGAAGCAAAUGAUAGACUUCUGUAUAAAUAUUACAUAACUUAAAGUGGUGGAGGUGAAUUCGAUGAUUAUGGCAUGAAAGAAAAAAUAUGGGUGGAGCUAUGCAAGGAUUGGAUGGAGUAAUUAUAAUCAACAAUAAAUAGCAUAAAAUAAAUUAAUGGAGAGUAUAAAAAAAGUAAAAAAUUUGGUAAAUGUGAUAUUAUUGAGAAUGGUAAUUUAUUUAUGUAAAUUCUCUUAUUUAUGAUAAAUUUUAUAGUGGUAGUGGAUCUUAUAAAUUAAAAUGGUAUGAAGGAUGGCAAAUGGAUUGAAUUGUGCAACGAUUGGUGUAGUAGCAGUGGAUUUUUUUUAAAAAUAGUCACUU